GGCCUUUGAUCACGAGUACAAAGUGUACCGCUGUGAUUUUUUCCUCUUUCCGAGCGAUUUUUAUUUCGUCCUAACGAAAUGAGGGUACGAUACUGAGUUAAUGGCUAGGAAUGUUAUAAUUUAACAGGAUCCUAAUCGAAAAAAAUAGAUAUUGAUGAAUCUGGCUAAAUAUGGUAUCUGAUCUCACUUACAAAGCUGCCGUGAGUCUCGCAGACAUAUUUUUCUGGCCCUAAAAUUUUGUGCGUCAUCCUGUUUCAGAUAACCAAUAUUACGCGUGAUUUUAAUUAAACCAUAUCACUGAAGGUAAUUUAGUAGAUGAAUGCAUCUUUCGUGACACUAUCCUCAUCCAGACUGGUUAACCUCAGUAGUAGAGAACAAAUGUAGGAAAAUACUUCCAGGACGGAACUAAAACACUAAAGGACAGAAAUCACAGCUCCAACGUAUUUAGUACCGAAGAUCAUAGUACAUAUCUUGCUUAAGAUAUCCGCAUCCUUUGGAAUUUUAAGAACACUGUCUACGCCAACAGGCCGCUCAGGAAACACAAAUAAAUUUGUUCUCAAGACAAGAAUAUGGCAAAUCUAUCUGAGGAUGGAAAACACACUACGAAUCAGACAGAAUUUUGCAUCAAUACGUCGUUGGGAAGAGAACUGCAUCUGUUUCUUAUUGUGCUAAAUAUUUGCUUGAGUAUAACUGCAUGUACAUGGAAUGCUCUCAUUCUCGUUGCAUUGCGUAAGUGUUCAGUUCGCUCAACAACGAAAUUGCUAUUCUGUUGUCUUGCCAGCACAGAUCUCUGCGUGGGUCUCAUUCUGCAGCCCUUCUACCUUACUUAUAUGAUGACAUCAGAAUCCCUUAACAUUUGCCCGCUUAUAGCCACACUGAUCCGUAUCGCAGGUGUAAUAUUUUGUGGCAUGUCAUUGACAACAUUAACCGCAAUAAGCGUGGAAAGACUUCUUGCCCUGUUGCUGGUUAUGAGGUACAGAGAAGUGGUUACACUUAGACGCGUUCGUGUUCUGGUGACCAUACUGUGGGCUUUCUGUGUUAUCCUUUCGAUGCUGUUUUUAGUAAGUUACCACAUCGCUGUAGGAUUAGUUAGCAUCGUAAUGGUAUUGUGUUUAAUUGUCUCUGCUUUCUGUUACACAAAAAUUUAUAUCGCUUUUAAUCGACACCAGAGACGGUUGGCACACAAUACUCUCCAGGGAAAUCCCAACAAAUCUGGAGAAGAAACUCUCCUAAGCACACCUCGAUACAAAAAGACAGUUUCCUUCUCACUGUUAUUGCAGAUGGCGCUAGUGACUUGCUAUCUUCCACUUGCAAUUGUCCUUGCUUUGUUUGCCUUCACCAAACUACAUUCGUCAAUUCUUGACUUCGUCUAUAACAUAGCAUUGUCUAUUGUUGUGUUCAACUCAUCUCUGAACCCGAUUCUUUACUUCUGGAAAAUCCAAGAGGUGAGACAAGCAGUAAAAGACACCAUCAGAAGGGUUGCUUGCCACUAAACGGUAAAGAUUUGAUAAAACAGAUGUCAAUGG